AUGUGUUGCUCUGGUGGGAAAGUCUUACUUCCACGUGUUCCUCCUCCACAUGAGCUUCUUCAAAUAUUUUCAGAUCAAACAUCUGAAAGUAGACAUUUUAGACAACAUAUAAGAAGUUACAAUCAUGUCUUCUCAUUCACUUCUCUUGGUGUUCAUAUGGAUGAAACUAUAGUAGCAAAUGGUCGUGGUAUAUAUAGUUUUCGUGCUCAAGGUGCAAUCUAUCAUAGGAUAGGAGGAUUUUAUCCAAAUGAUGGGUCCAGACCCCGGUUUUUGCAGUUGUACAUUUAUGACACUGAACAUGAAUUACAAAAUAGGAUGUUGGAAAACCCUCAACUUCAUCAAACUAUUGUUCAUAAAUUGCAACAAAUAUUACACCGGUGCAAUCCUUUUGUGCAUGUAUUUCGACAACUUGCUCAAGAACCAAAUAUUCAGAUAUGUUCUUUACUCAUUAAAGAGCGUCCUGCGAAUCAACCACAGUAUAAUCUUCCAACUGCAUCUCAAGUAGCAGCUAUUAUUGUUACUGCAGACACAGAAUCAAUGGCACGUGGCCGAGAUAUUAAAGUUGUAGGUCAUGAUGGAAAUUUAAUAAACAUACAAGAAACCGUAGGAUAUUAUGAUCCUUUACAAUAUCCUUUAUUAUUUCCAUUUGGAACAUAUGGCUGGGACACCAACACAAAAAAUCAUAAUGGCCAAAGUAUCUCUUGCCGAGAAUAUUAUAGUUUCAUGCUUCAGAUUCGUCCAAAUGAUCAGUCUGUAAUAUUACAAGCGGGACGACUUUUACAACAAUAUGUUGUAGAUAACUACGUUAAGAUUGAGACCGGAAGGUUACGAUGGAUUCGUAAUCAUCAAAACAACAUUCGUGCUGAAGUGUACCAAGGUUUGCAGGAUGCUUUGCAUGAAGGACAAACUCACGCAGAUACUGUUGGAAAGAGGACAAUAUUACCAUCGUCAUUUAUUGGUAGUCGUCGAGACUUGACACAACGAUAUCAAGAUGGUAUGGCAAUUGUUGCUCACAAUGGAAAACCUGAUAUUUUUCUUACAAUGACAUGCAAUCCAUCUUGGAGUGAAAUUUCUUCUGAACUACAAAAUCAACAAACUCCACAAGAUCGCCCUGACUUGCUCACAAGAAUCUUUCGAGCAAAAUUUGAGCAAUUGAAGGAAGAUGUUGUUAAUAAAGGAGUCCUCGGAAAAGUUAAUAGUUAUAUGUAUGUUACUGAAUUUCAAAAACGUGGGUUGCCGCAUGUACAUAUGCUAUUGAUCUUAGAUAAUAAUGAUAAGUUACGUGAUCCACAAGAUUAUGAUAGCAUUGUGAGGGCAGAAAUACCAAAUAAGGCAGAAGAACCACAAUUGCAUGAAGCUGUGUUGAAACACAUGAUACAUGGUCCUUGCGGAACUCUCAAUCCUAGAUCACCAUGUAUGAAGCGCAAUCAAUGCCAAAAGAGAUUUCCCAAGGAUUUCUUGGAAGAAACACGACAAGGUAAUGAUUCAUAUCCACAAUAUAGAAGACGUUUUGAUGAACCAAUUUCCAUAAAUAGAAAUGUGACUGUUGACAAUAGAUGGGUGGUUCCUUAUAAUCCUUGGUUACUCUUAAAAUACGACUGUCAUAUAAAUGUUGAGGUCUGCAGCAGCAUCAAAAGUAUUAAAUAUUUGUAUAAGUAUGUUUACAAAGGACCGGAUUGA